AUGGGAGGUAGUAGCAAGCGACCUCCAAGCAGCGACGAUGAGACCGACGCGUCGACUUUACUCACGUCUGCAUCAUCGACGCAAGUGGCCAAGCGCUCGCGACUGACGGAGAUCGUCGCUGCCGACUCGACCGUCGUCGCGUGCAAGCGCGUGGGCGACCGGACGUCGAAGCUCUUGGCGCCUACGAUGCUCCUCUCGGGUCACAGUGCGGCUGUGUAUUCGUUAAAGUUCAGUCCGUCGGGGCAGCACUUGGCGUCGAGUUCAUUUGAUCGUUGUAUACUGCUUUGGAACGUGUACGGGGACUGCCGCAAUUACCACGUACUUAGUGGUCACAAAAACGCGGUACUCGAGGUCCAGUGGACGUAUGACAGCGCCCAGCUCGUGUCUGCUUCGGCUGACAAGACCCUCGGGCUCUGGGACGCCGAGAGCGGACGUCGCGUCAAGAAGUUCACGGGGCACACGUCAGUAAUCAACAGCUGCUGUCCCGUGAGCAGUGGCCCGACGCUCAUUGUGAGCGGCAGUGACGACCGCACGCUCAAGCUCUGGGACGUCCGUUCGAAGCGGGCGGUCAAGUCUUUGGAGACCGAGUACCAGGUCACAGCUGUGUGUUUCCUGGCUGACACUUCGCGGGUUGUUGCAGGUGGACUGGACGGGGCGAUCAACUUGUGGGAUCUACGCAACGACAAAGUGGCUACGGUGCUUCAGGGCCAUGCGGACAUUGUGACGGGCGUGAGUCUCAGUCCAAAUGGCGCCUUCUUGCUGUCGAAUGCCAUGGAUUCGACCGUGAGGAAGUGGGACGUCCGGCCUUUUGUCGACGGCGAACGGCUCAAGACGACGUUCAUGGGCGCCAAGCACAGCUUUGACCGGACACUCAUUCGCUGUGGCUGGUCGGCUGAUAUGCGCUUUGUAGCGAGCGGGUCCGCGGAUCGCUAUGUGUACAUUUGGGAUGCUGAGACGGGCAAUCUGCGCUACCUUCUGCCAGGACAUGCGGGCAGCGUGAAUGAGGCUACAUUCCAUCCCAUUGAACCUAUCGUGGGCUCUUGCAGCAGCGACAAGAACAUUUAUCUCGGAGAGCUAGCGGAGGUAUAG